AUGCACAAGGUUACUCUCGUCCACAGAUCUCUGCUCCAGCUCACAUUUCCUGCACUGAUGAUGUCAGGAGAGGAUACCAUGCUUUCCAAACGACUCCACAGUAUACAAAUUGGCGGGAAAAAGAGCGAGGACGUUGAGGAACGGCAUUUCCGCUUGUCGGUAAUGGGGGCCUCAUGCGUCGGGAAAUCAGCAAUUAUUUCACAGUUCCUGUAUGACACAUUUUCGUCUGAUUAUCACGAAACAGUUGAAGAUCUGCAUCGUAAAGUAGUUGACCUAAACGGACGCAAAGUCAUCCUUGACAUUCUGGACACGGCUGGAACACACGAGUUCCCAGCCAUGCGAAAAUUGGCAAUAGCCACCAGUGAUGCGUUCGUUUUAGUGUAUUCCGUAGACAAUGACGCCUCAUUCGACGAAGUAAAACUUCUCCGUGAACAGAUCAUUGAGGAGAGGAACGACGUGCCUAUUGUUAUUGUUGGAAACAAAGCCGAUGUUUGCGAGCAGACGAGAAUAAUGGAGCACGAGACUGCCGAAACUAUAGCUUGUGUGGAAUGGGGAUGUGGUUACGUUGAGGCUUCCGCGAAACAGAAUUUGAAUAUCCCGCAAAUUUUCGCGGAAAUGCUAAGACUCAGUGAUGUUCCUUGCCUUACCUUGCCGGAAGGACAGCGGACAAAGCGAAAACGACUUCUUUCUGCGCCUCUACCGACGAUUCAUCACGUUUUUGAAACCCCCAAGGGCCCAAAGAGAAACAGUUGUGCCGUAUCGUAGCUAAU